AUGAUAGAGUGUGACAAAAAAGCAGACCCUCCUGACAAAAUACAAAAAACUUUCGCUGGAGAUAAACGAAGUGUGGUUGCAAAAGACGUAUGUGACACAAUUUUAGUUCAAAUCAAAGACCGUUUCGAUUUUAAAUAUCAUUUAAGUGCAUUUAAGUGCAUCCACUAUUUGAUGCAAAAAAAAAUUAAAUUUUAUUGGCGGUCACAAAAUCAGUUUGACUCAACUGUAAAAUCACAACCUAUGUUAGACAGUAUACAUACAAUUCUGUCCUCCCAGACUCGUCCACCCCCCCUGACGCACAGUUCGUGCAAGGGGUCAUUCCCUACACUGGCCCGACUAAGAGGCCACAUAUUCUCCAGAAAAUGCAAGGACCGAACAAAGUGCAGAUACUGCGGGAAGAGGUACGACGAGUACAAAAAGAUUAGGCAUCACGAUAAGAGAUCCCAUCCAGUCGAAUGUGCAAAAGAGGACGAGACAUGCCAGAACAGGUUCGAAUCAGAAUACCUCGAAAUCCUGUCCUCAAUUGAAUUACGCGCCUUAAAGGGCAUCAUGUCCCUUAAGGAUAUUGAAGCAGCCACCGGAAGGAUUUAA